AUGCAGGAGGAGCCCCUGGCGGCGAUCGACGCGGUGUUGGACCACCGGCCGAACGCGGACAACGCCACGGCCACGGGCGACGCGCGACGGGACUUUGAGUUUCGCAUCAAAUGGGCGGAGCAGUCGCACUUGCACAACACGUGGGAGCCGUACGCGGCGCUCCGCGAGGCCAAGGGCUUCCGGCGCGUGGACAACUACAUCAAGCAGUACAUUGCCAUGGACCAGGAGAUCCGCGCGGACCCGCUCACGACCAAGGAGGAGCUCGAGGCCAUGGACAUCGAGCGCGAGCGGCGCCGCGACGAGCAGGCCGAGUACACGUGCGCGGAGCGCAUCGUGGACAGCGCGCGCGUGGAGUUGGGCGACGGCACCUCGCAGCUCCAGUACUUCGUCAAGUGGCGCCGGCUCUACUACCACGAGUGCCUGUGGGAGGACGCGGCGGUGGUGGCGCGCGACGCGCCGGAGCAGGUGGCCAAGUACCAGCAGCGCUUGCAGUCCAAGAUGCUCCCGAACCUCCUGGCCACGUACCCUUCGAGCCAGCGGCCGCGCUUCGAGAAGUUGAGCAAGCAGCCGCCGUUCAUCAAGAACGGCGAGUUGCGCGACUUCCAGUUGACCGGCUUGAACUGGAUGGCGUUCCUCUGGCUGCGCAACGAGAACGGCAUCUUGGCCGACGAGAUGGGGCUCGGCAAGACCGUGCAGACCGUGGCCUUCUUGUCCUGGUUGAUCUACGCGCGCCGCCAGAACGGGCCGCACCUCGUCGUCGUGCCCUUGAGCACCAUCCCGGCCUGGCAGGAGACCUUCGAGAAGUGGGCCCCGGACCUCAACUGCCUCUACUACUUGGGCAACACCGAGGCGCGCCGCACCAUCCGCGACUACGAGUUCUACGGCGCCAGCCGCAAGCCCAAGUUCAACAUCUUGUUGACCACCUACGAGUACAUCUUGAAGGACCGCGCCGAGCUCGGCGCGUUCCGCUGGCAGUUCUUGGCCGUGGACGAGGCCCACCGCUUGAAAAACGCAGAGUCCUCCUUGUACGAGUCCUUGCGGCUGUUCAAGGUCGCAAACCGUCUCUUGAUCACGGGCACACCUUUGCAAAACAACAUCAAGGAGUUGGCCGCCUUGUGCGACUUCUUGUCUCCGGGCAGGUUCAGCAUCGACCAGGAGAUCGAUUUCGACGCGCCGGACGACAACCAGGAGGAGUACAUCGAGCACUUGCAGCUGAGCAUCAAGCCCUUCAUCUUGCGCCGCUUGAAGAAGGACGUCGAAAAGUCUCUCCCGUCGAAGUCCGAGCGCAUCUUGCGUGUCGAGUUGUCCGACCUCCAGACCGAGUACUACCGGAACAUCAUCACGAAGAACUACGCCGCGUUGAACUCCGGGGUCAAGGGCUCCCAGAUCUCCCUCCUCAACGUCAUGAGCGAGUUGAAGAAGGCCUCCAACCAUCCGUAUUUGUUCGACGGUGCAGAAGACCGCCUCUUGGCCAAAGCCGGCUCGGCGUCCCGCGACACCAUCUUGAAGGGCCUCAUCAUGUCCUCGGGCAAGAUGGUGCUCUUGGAACAGCUCUUGACGCGUCUCAAAAAGGAGGGCCACAGGGUGUUGAUCUUCUCUCAGAUGGUCCGGAUUUUGGACAUCUUGGGCGACUACCUCUCAAUCAAGGGUUACCAGUUCCAGCGCUUGGACGGAGGUAUUCCGUCCGCACAAAGAAAGAUCUCCAUUGACCACUUCAACGCACCUGACUCGAGAGACUUUGUCUUCCUUCUCUCAACGAGAGCUGGUGGCUUGGGUAUUAACUUGAUGACAGCCGACACCGUCAUUAUUUUCGAUUCCGAUUGGAAUCCGCAGGCAGACUUGCAAGCCAUGGCGCGCGCCCACAGAAUCGGCCAGACAAAACAUGUCUCGGUCUACAGAUUUGUAUCCAAGGACACUGUGGAGGAGGAGAUCUUGGAAAGAGCCAGGAAAAAGAUGAUUCUUGAAUAUGCCAUCAUUUCCUUGGGCAUGACCGAUCCGGCCACCUCCAAAAAGAACAAAAACGAGCCCACUUCCAGUGAACUCUCCCAGAUCUUGAAGUUUGGUGCUGCCAACAUGUUUGCUGCUUCAGACAACCAAAAGAAGCUAGAGGAUUUGAACUUGGAUGAUGUGCUUAGCCGCGCCGAGGACCAUGUAACCACUCCGGACCUAGGCGAAUCAAAUUUGGGAUCCGAAGAAUUUUUGAAACAAUUCGAGGUGACGGACUACAAGGCUGACGUUGAAUGGGACGAUAUAAUCCCCCAGGAUGAGCUAACAAAGCUCAAAGAGGAGGAGAAAAAGAGGGCUGAGGAGACAUACCUUAAUGACCAGAUUGCUAUUUACUCGAGAAGGAGAGCAGCUGUUAAAAAGCUCCAAGGCGACACUCCUGAUACAUCUGGAAUGGAAGACGAUGACGAGGAAGAUGGAGGAAGGAGAAAGGCCGCCAAAAAGAAGGCAGAGGAACACCAUGAGUUAUCUGAGCGUGAGAUAAGAGGGCUUUACAGGGCAAUUUUGAAGGUUGGUGACUUAAGCGGCAAGUGGAAUCAACUCGUUGAAGACGGAAGCAUUUCCAACAAAAACCCAGUCUUGAUCAAACACGCGUACAAUGAGAUCAUCAACAUGUCGAAGAAAUUGGUCCGAGAAGAAGAGGCAAGAAGAAGCGAAGCCCUUGCUGAGUUGGAAAGAAAGGCGAAGGACCUGAAAGUUGCCAAUGAUGAUGGCGAAAGCGCUACUGCCCUUUGGUUGGCCAAGAAGAAAGAGAAAAAGGCUGUUCUUUUUGAAUAUCAGGGCGUUAAGAACAUUAAUGCUGAAUUGGUUUUGACUCGUCCUCCAGACAUGAAGCUUCUAGAGUCAUUAAUUCCCGCCGAAAAGCCUCACACAUUCGUGCUCCCGCGUGCACCAAAGCUGGUCCUGAAUUGGAAUUGCGAAUGGUCUCCAAAAGAUGACGCCAUGCUUCUACUCGGUGUGCACAAGUUCGGCUACGGAUCAUGGAUUCAGAUUAGAGAUGACCCAAUCCUAGGGUUGCAAAACAAACUUUAUUUGGAAGCGCCUGGUAAAGUUGCCGAAAAGAAGGAUGCACUGUCCGAAACUGUGCCUUCGACAUCAGGGAAUGAACCUGAUGGCAAGGUCAACGGAGACGCAAAACAUGCUCAAAAUAAGAAUGCGGGGAAGAAGGUCCCAGGCCCGGUACAUUUGGGCAGAAGAGUUGACUAUUUGUUCACGAUAUUAAGAGGCGAGGAUGACGCAUCAAGUGUACUGUCUGCCCCUCUGAAAAAGAGGAUAAGGAAGGUGAAGAUGGAAGUCCCCGGGCUGAAAGAUGGCAAGAGACUGAGUCAGGGAUCUGACUCCAGUAUCCCAAAGACGAAGACCAAGAAAUCCAAUGGCGAGACAACCAAGACCAAACUGGUUGAACACAAGGCCCAUCAUGGGGAUCAAAUGAAAAUCAAGACCGAAACAGCCGAUGAUGACGACUUCUUGGAGUAUGCGAGCAUGGAUGAGGCACAGUGUAAGGCAACACUAAAGCCCGUAGCUAAAUCUUUGAUGAAGUUACACAAAGGAAACAAAGGCUUAGACAAACAUGAAUGGGCCGCGCUUUUAAGACACGAGUUGGGCACGAUUGGUGAUUUCAUCGAAAGCCCGGGCGCGAACAAUUCAGACGAGAAAACCCGCAAACACUUGUGGUCAUACGCCAGCUUGUACUGGCCAGCACGGGUGCCGAGUGCCAAGAUCAAUGCGAUGUAUACUAGGAUCAAGUCGCAGGGGGAGAAGAAGGCUUGA